AUGACUACCAAAGAGGCCAUUGCAGAUAUGGCUCUUGAGGCCCAAGAAGAAGAUGAUGCCGGCCCACCGGACGGCGGUUUCCGGGCAUGGCUGGUGGUCCUCGGCGGCUUUCUGGCGUACUUUGUGACUUUUGGCAUGCUUAAUUCUUUUGGCACCUUCCAAGAGUACUACGGAGAGAAACUGCUCCCAGGCCGAAGUACGAGCGAAAUCUCAUGGAUCGGCUCCCUGCAGCUUUUCCUGCUCUUCAUCGGAGGCCUCUUUUUUGGCCCAGUCUUCGACGCCAAAGGCUCCAAGGUUCUGUUUAUUCCGGGGACGCUGCUGCUAUCACUCUCCCAGAUGAUGGUCAGUCUCUGCAAAGAAUACUACCAGUUCAUUCUGGCGCAGAGUCUCCUCUUCGGCAUUGCAGUUGCGAUGCUCUUCUACCCCACCAUAUCGGCAAUAUCCCAUUGGUUUCAUCAUAGGCGUGGUCUAGCCAUGGGAAUUGUUCUCACAGGCUCCUCCCUGGGCGGCAUCGCUUGGCCUCUGAUCCUGGAGAGACUGUUUGCCGUCGUGGGAUUUCCAUGGGGCUUGCGGAUCGUGGGCUUUAUCAGCUUUGCCCUGCUGGCUCCAGCAUGUUUCAUGGUGAUACCCCGUCUACCACCUCGAAAGUCAGGAGGGCUCUCCAAAGCAGACCUAAGCGAAGGACUGAAGGACAGACGGUACUGGCUCACGGUGGUUGGCAUGCUGUUCGUGAUAUGGGGAAUGUUCAUCCCUUUUUACUACAUCCCAUUGUUCGCUAUGGACCAUGGCGUAAAUUCAUCCUUUGCCAACUCGUUGAUCUCGAUUUUAAAUGCUGGGUCGUUUGUUGGGCGAAUCGUCUCCGGUGCUCUCGCAGACAAACUCGGACGGUAG